AUGAGUCAGCUGGGUGAGAUGGCCACGGAAUGGGCCAUGGAGUCUAUUCGCGCUGUGGCCGCGCAAGAACGAAGAGCAGGGAGGAGGGGCCAGUGGUUGAGCCAGGGACUCGGCACAACAUCGACCUCGGCACGUCCUUUAGCAGCUCACGAGGACGUGCUCAAAGGUGGAGCAAUGAGGCUUGCUCGACGCUGGACAAGUUCGGUGGUCAGACCAGAAAACUUUUCAGCCAUCGAUGGAUCCGGUUUCGUUCAGCCGGAUGCUGAGGCGGGACUAGUGUCACGGGAUGGUACCAUCGUGGAUCUAUGCAUCUGCGUCGUGUCUCUCCUGGGGGCGUUAGCAAUCAUCUUGCCCUAUGUCUUCAGCAAACGAUCACGAAAGUUGAGACAUUCACUGAUUCUCGGCUUGGCUACCAGCGAUCUGAUAAGCAGCCUGGUUCUCAUCGCGUCUGCUGCUUUUCGCCUCGCGGGCGGUGACCUCGCCACGGCUGAUCGGUAUUGCGACUUUACCGGCUACGCCCUCACAUCGUCCAUCUUCACUCAGCAUCUGUGGAAUCUGGCCAUUGCGAUCAUCACGUACAUGAUCCUGGUCUUGCCCUUGCAUGCGUUUACCCUCGCGGUGGAGCGACACAUGGUCUGGCUUUGGCCCAUCGUUUGGGCCAUUGGACUCGUCGUCAAUGGGUUUGCGUUUGGUUUCGUGGGCUACUCCAACGCGGGUGGCUUUUGCAACAUUGCCAGCGGUCGAGGUGGGCGAUACUUCAACGCCAUCUUCACUUUUGUCCCACGUGGCUUCGUCGUCGUCGUCAUUCUCAUCCUCUACACGCAUCUCUUCUUCUUCUUGCGGAGGACGAAUCUUUUCUCUUCCAUGUCACAUCGGCUCUCGUCUCAUGAUCACGGUCAGCAGCGCUCCUUGCGCUCGCUGACGGCGCGACUCUCCCGACGCUCAGGUCAUCAUCCUGGCGAUGCGGAGGAGAAUGCAUUUGGCACGCCCUCCCAACUCGUGGGACGAGAUCACAAAGGCUCCCAUCCUCCGAACGGCAUUCUCCAAAACGGCCUUGAGCAAGGCCCUCGAAGAGGAAGCGCUGCUACAACCACCUCAUCUUCGGCACUUGGAGGUGGAAGCACCGUCAGCGGUCAGCACCGUACACCAGACUCUUACAAGGCUUCCGGCGAAGAAGAUGUGCCAGCAGUGACUUUGCUCGGCAAAAACGACAUUGAGAUGGUCGAAUGCGCCAAUUUCUGCCGCGCUCACGAGGAUGGGAGAGGAGGUACAGAAGUGACUACUACAGUGGAGCGCGAUGGUCAUGCCGGGGAGAGCCCCCUGACGAUCGCAUCACCGCUCACCAAGACUGCUGAGACACGGACGCCUGGAGAGUCAGGAGCUUUUUCCAACACUAGCACCCAACCCGGCGACGUGUCUUGGGCGUCCACUCUCUCCGCACCCGCAAUCGCAAGACCCACACUGCCACACCGGCCAAGCACUGCAGGGUCUACCGGCUCAAAGCGAAGACCACCAGCUCUCGCAUUGCACAAGAGACCGUCCACUGCGGAUGUCACCCAUUCGUCGCGUCGGUUGGGCACCUCUGCUCCAGGCGACUUGGAGUCAGACGAGGAUGCAGACUUUGCCGACGAUACCUGGCAAGACACCUGGUCGCCAGUCGGCAAGAUGAGGCCUAGAAGAGAUGUCGUGGACUUCAACAUGACAAGCGCGCCUCGCGAGCAUCUGAGACAUUUCACUUUUUCGCCUGUUGCAACUAGCCGGCCGCCUACGAGCUCUGGACCCACACCCCUGCCUUCCUUGCCCCACUCCCCGAGUCUUUCUGCCGCCGCCUCGGGCGCAAAGACGGGAGCUGCAGAGGACAACAUCGCUACUGGGCUUGUUGAAGAGGCUACCGACGGCGAGAAAACAGCUGCUCCACAUUACGAGCAAGCGCUUGGAGACGAUUGGACGUGGGGAAUGGCCGUCGGCGGCAAGACGCCAGCUACAGCAACGGGCCAGCAAUCCCGUCACACGAAAGAGACAAGCGCUCGCUCCUCACCGGCGAGAUGGUGGCGUAGAAGUAUUGCGCGGCAAGAUGUCGAGGGCGGACGAACUACGUUUGGUAGCAACAGCAGUAGCACCGUCGACGAGCACCACGUCGAAUCUUUGGGCAGCACACUGAAUCGUCAAGCCAGCGUCUUGAUGUUGCUCUACCCGGCCGCCUACUGUCUCCUCUUCUCCGUCUCCAUCAUCCGCAUCAUCACGGAUCUUGCGGAUCCCGCACCUGGUCAUAGACCUAAAGACCCAAACGGCGCGUUGAGAGCCAUCUCUCGAUGGUUCGUCUUUGCGCAAGGGGCUUUCGACGCAAUCAUCUUCCAAAUCGUUGAGCGCCAAUUUAGAUCGAGGAUGAAGCGCCGUCGACAAAAGGCUGCAGGCGAGGCAGUCGACCCGAGCAUUCUCUCGCGCGUGAGGAAUUUUUUGGUUCCUUCUACGGCUAGAUAA